ACUUCAGAGGACAGGUCAUUCGUCUGCUACAAGAAACGUCCCCGUUAUGUUGUCGAUGCAGUUCUUCGUGAGAAUUUGUAAUCUUUUUUACAAAAGAAGAACAGCCAGUGGUCCAUUGUUAAUCGUAGGAUUUUUGGCAAUCGGCUGCUUCCUCUUCAUCCACUUUCAGAAGCCGUUGGAGAAGAUUUCAACAGGAAUCGACAAUGGCAAAACUAUAUCCAAAAUAUCAUCAACAACCCAACGGGGCAUUAGCCAAAGAUCUCUGAAGCGAAUCUUAUUCUGGAAUCUCUAUUUCGAAUCAAGAAAUUACGAAGUCGGAUUGGGACAAAAGCCUUUCUUUGACGCUGGAUGUCGGUUCACCAAUUGCCUAACGACGGACGAUCGCAAUUUCAUGAACGCCAGUGACGCCAUCCUCUUCCACGCCAACGAUUUCGACGAAAUCGAUCUGCCCGACAUCCGAUACCCGAAUCAACGUUACAUCUUCUACAAUUACGAGACUUGUGUACAAGACAAAGACCUGCCCAUUUUCAUUUGGACGAAAAACUUCUUUAACUGGACCAUGACGUAUCGCCGUGAUUCUGACAUUUACGAUGCCCAUCCGUACGGAGCAAUUAGAAGGCGAAGCGGUGCCCCUAACCCUCCGCUGGCCAUGCCACCCUUGCAUCCGGAGGCAGCCGAUCUAUUGCAGCACCCAUGGAACAAGUCGUCUAGUAGGCCGUUACUAAACAAAAAGAAGAAUAUGGUUGCCUGGUUUGUUUCCAACUGCAAAACAGACGGCCUCAGAGAAGAAUAUUUUGCCCGUCUUGGCCAAUAUGUCAAGGUGGACGUAUAUGGCGGUUGUGGAACGCUCAGUUGCCUGCCAUCGGGAAGUGGGAAAUGCGACCAACUGCUGGACAGCUACAGGUUUUACGUGGCUGCUGAGAACGCCAUUUGCAUAGACUACGUCACUGAGAAAUUCUACAGGGCCUUGGCGUCCAACAUAAUACCCAUCGUCUACGGAGGAGCUAAUUAUUCUCAUUAUGCACCACCUUCGUCGUACAUUGAGGCGAGCGAUUUCAAGUCACCCAAAGCGCUGGCUGAUUAUUUGAAGUUGCUGAACGAAAAUGACGACCUCUACUUGAAAUAUUUUGACUGGAAAAAGGAUUACGAAGUGGUGAGACAACCGAUGAACGGCUGGUGCCAGCUUUGCGAGAUGCUCAACGAUCGUCAUCAACGACCGCAAGUUUACAUAGAUGUGGCGGAUUGGUGGUUCCAAAACGAUACGUCUUGUAUUUCAGGACACGAUUUCCUCAAUAAUUCGCUGGGCGUUGAAUUGCAAAAAGGAAAACUAUCCAAAAAUUGAAAUCAAUGAAACAGUGUAUUGUGAAACCAUCAUAAACCGAGCAGAAAUACACAGCCACCGAUCACUUCAA